AGCAGACUCACAGAGAGGAGAAGAAGACUGAACAGCAGACAGCAUCCACCUCAACUACAAACAGUCUCUGCCUUAUAAAUUUUGGAAGCAGAAGGCCCGAGGCAUCAGCAGUGAAACUGUCCAACAGAGAUGACUACGUCCACAGCUAAACUGCAGGAGAUCUACAACCAGCAGGGCUUCCUCUCAGCGCUGCCUGUGUUGAAUGAGACUGAGCUGAGGGAGGCCAAGCAUGCCUUUUCUGAGCUGGAGAAGGAAUUUGGUAAAGAGUACACCCAGUACAGCCUCCACAAUGCUCACCAGCAGUAUCCGUGGGUUAGUGGCUUGACCAAGCACCCUCAACUCAUACAAGUGGUCAAAGCCAUCCUGGGCCCCGACGUCAUCCUGCUGGACUCACGCUUCAUCUGUAAAUAUCCAACACUCAAACCUGACAGACAGGAGAAUGAAGGAGGAGAAACAGAAUCUGUCCUUCCCUACGUGGCCUGGCAUCAGGAUAUGAGGUAUUGGGGUAUUGCUGGUGGCCCUGUUCUCUCUGUGUGGCUGGCUUUAGAUGACUCACUGGAAGAGAACGGCGCCCUUCAGGUCAUCCCAGGCAGCCACUGUGCUGGCAUGCUGCCCCAUCGCCAAGCCACCCGGCCUGGAAACAUGCUGUCAGUCAACCAGGAGAUCCCAGAGGAGCUGGUUCAGGCAGAUGAAGCCGUGUUGUGCCCUCUGUUAGCUGGGCAGAUGUCUAUUCAUGAUGGUCUCCUCGUCCAUGCCAGUGAUGCCAACAUGUCCCAGAGGAGGCGCUGUGGGUUUGUGAUCCGUUAUGUUCCCACCUGUGCCUAUCCAAUUCAGGAUCCAGAUCGUCCCAGGAAAUUUGCUGCUACCGAAUUGGCUUGUGGGACUGAUCAGUUUCAUCACUUCAACAAAAGCACAUGAAUACUAUUGUUCCUUCCAACGUGCAUGAACAGUUACUUUUACACUUCACUGGAAUAUUUAAUGCUUAGAUCAAAUGUCUAGAAUUCAUCAUAAAUAAGGGCA